AUGCACCCGGAUGAUUCUGGCAUAUCACUUCCAAAAGCCUUCCCCAUUUAUCGUUAUCAAUUCAUGGAUAUGUGGUAUCAACAUGGAGAUCUUGAUCACCUGCAGAGAACGUUACUAACUUUCUGGAGCUUUGAGUUGAGGAGAUGCUUUAUGACGAGGCCCAACUUGAGUGACCGGAUGGACCGAGGGGGGAUGAUGGUUGGACGUUGGAAUUUCCCCACGUUUGGAGCUUCAAAAGCCUGGGGAUCUCAUGUACCUGAGAAAAGAGAGUAUCGCACUGAACAAGGAGCUCAAUUCUUGCCCGUGAUGAGACAUUUUUUCCUUCUCGUUGCUGGUGUUGCCGUGGCUGCUCCUCUGUGUAGUCCAGCCAAAAAGGUAAACUAUUCCGUUCUAUAAUCCUUUUCACAAAAACUAAUUGUUGAAUAGCAAUCUGUCUAUGUGUCCCUUAAUCAGUAUUUCAAUAAUAAAGGCAUCGGAAAUGUUCCCGGAGAAGCAAAUUAUGAUGGCCUGGGAAACGCAUAUGUUGGAACUAGCCUCCCACAAGCAGGGUACUACAAAUCGACAAAAACUGGAAUUUCCUACCUCUUCCCAGGCUACCAGAGCGGAAAUGCUAGCGACAAUGUUAUCAUGUCUGGUCAGGUGGUCGAAUUACCAGAAGGGGAAUAUUUCAGUGUGCAUAUGCUCAUCGCAUCUGACACUGAAUCAUCGAUUGAGAACGUCACGUUCACCUACACAGAUGGCAGCACCGCUCUUUCAGAGGUGCGAGCAAGUCCAUACUCGUCCUUCUUAUCCAUUCUGAGUGGUGAGAUUAUCAAUCCGUCAUACUUUACUUACAACUCAACAAACUUCAAUUCCACGCAUAUAUUCGAAUUCAUCGCUGCCAUGGACCCUAUGAAGACGCUUUCCUCAGUGACACUCCCAGAUACUUCGGAAAAGGAGGAUAAAAGAAUCCAUUUAUUCUCAUUGUCGUUGUGGGAGCAAUCUGGAGUCCAAAUACAAUAUGUCCGUCCAACACAGAAGCAAGCGACAGAGUGCGUGCAAACUGUCGAAUUGAUUAUUGACAAUGCUGGACCAGCUUGGAUCUCUGGAGCCGGAGUCGAGGUUUCUAUCCAUGGUUAUGGAAUUCGGACUGUCCAGCCAGGGUAUAUCAAAAGACUACGACCUGGCGAUCAGAAGAAAAUAAACAUCGGGGUAACAGGAUGCGGUACUGUUAAUGGAUCCGUAACUCUCAAAGGGUCUAUGAACGCAACCUUUACAUAUGAAAAUGUAAAAUUUGGUCUCGAAGACUUCUCCUCUGAUCUCGAGAGUAUCGCCAAGCAUGAAAGUCCGGAUUGGUUCAACGAAGCGAAAUAUGGAAUUUUUAUACGUAGGCUGACUCCUUCUCGCUUGUUCCUAUACUUGCUCGUACGCUCCUGUAUUUAUGAACCUUUUACUAAUUUUCAUCUAGACUGGGGCGUAUACGCCGUUCCAGGCUGGGGAAACUCAACACCCUGGGAAAUCUACGCUGAAUGGUACUGGUGGUACGGACAUCACCGAAUCGCAGACAAAGCCGAUGUCUACAACUACCAUCUGAGAACCUACGGUCCGGACGUUGUAUACGAUGACUUCUUUUCCAAUUUCACCGCCGAGAAUUGGGAUGCCAAGAGCUGGGUGGACCUCUUCGCUGAUGCCGGAGCUCAAUAUUUCGUUCUAACAACGAAACAUCACGAUGGCUUUGCAUUAUUUGACACAGAAGAUACCACUCAUAGAAACUCACUGCAUUACGGACCACAGAGAGACAUCUUGAAGGAGCUGUUUGAUGCUGCGAAACAGUACCAACCGCAGCUUAAGCGAGGAACUUAUUUUAGUUUGCCGGAAUGGGUAUGCUUCCCCAUACAAAUGUGAAAUCGAGACAAAUACUGACUGAGAUUUACAUAGUUCAAUCCGCUGUAUGGUAAAUAUGGGUUCUCACAACACGACACUCCGGGAAGUACAACCUGGCCAGGUAUCAUAGCCAACAACCCGUAUAUCCAAGAGGUCGAGACCUACACAGGCGCUACAAACGUUUCCGACUUCAUAGACGAUCUCAUGGUCCCUCAUAUGAAAUGGAGAUGCUAGCCUACAACUACGAGACGGACAUAAUGUGGUGCGAGUAAGUCACCCCAGACACUUUCCUCUCCUCUCACCCCCUUCACACCCCUUACUUACGCGAAACCACCAGUUGCGGAGGCGCCAACGGAACCGCCCCCUUCGCCGCAGAAUGGUUCAACAACGCCGCCUCCUCAGGCCGCCAAGUAGCAAUAAACAACCGCUGCGGCCUAGCAGUCUCCGACUUCGACACGCCCGAAUACUCCACCUUCUCCUCCAUCUCGGAGCGAAAAUGGGAAUCAAACCAAGGGAUGGAUCCCUACUCCUACGGUUACAACCGUGCCACACCACCCGAACUGUACAUGAACGCCACGACCCUCGUCGGGAUCCUCGUCGACAUGGUGAGUAAGAACGGGAAUCUGCUUUUGGAUGUGGGACCUAAAGCCGAUGGGACGAUCAAUGUCACGGAGGUGGCGCAUUUGCUUGAGGCGGGUAUUUGGAUCAAAGCAAAUGCGGAGGCGAUUUUUAAUACGAGUUAUUAUUUCGUCGGGGCUGAGGAUCCGAGUGGGAAUUUGAGGUUUACGCAGACAACGGAGGCGAUAUAUGUCAUUUCUCUUGUGAAGCCUGCAGAGACUUUGGUCGUGGAUGUUCCGCUUCCUAUUAUGGACGGGGAUGUUGUUACAAUGAUUGGGGCUGGGAAUGGGACCGAGGUUGAGUGGAAGAGUGCUGGACGAGGAAUUGAGAUUACUGUUCCGAUGGCACUUAUUGAUGCUGGGAGCUACGCUUGGGCUUUCAAGAUUACAUAUGCGGGCUGA